ACAUAAACAAGCGUUUAUUUAUAUGAAAUAUGGGAAUAUCUAAAUAUACCUAAACCAGCCAAAUGUCAUGAAUUAGAAGGAAAAGCUAGGUGGUGCAGUGGAUAGGAGUGCCAGGAUAGAUCAGGAACAUUCAUUUUCCUGAGACCAAAUGUGGCCUCAGAUACUUAUUAUAGUUGCAUGACUUUAGAAAAGUCACUUAUCCCUGUUCGCCUCAGUUUCCUCAUCUGUAAAAUGAGCUAGAGAAGGAAAUGGCAAACUAUUAUCUCUGUCAAGAAAACCCCAAAUAAGAUCAAAAAGAGUCACACACAAUUGAAACAAGUGAACAACAACAAAAACAACAGAAGGAACAGUUCCAGAUCCCUGGAUAGUAACUAAUUCACUCAACGUGUUCCCGAACAAUAUUUCCACUUGCUCCACAUUUUCAAAUCAAUUGAGUGUUCAUAGAUCUUAUUGUUAAAGUCAAUUUCAAAGCACAUAUUGUUGGUUGAAUACAAUAUCAUGGAUGAUAAAUUUAAUGAUGAAAAUGGGCACUUAUAAUAUGUACAACAAUGACUUGUGAAUAAGAACAUUAUGCAUUGUUACAAGAUAGCGCUUAAUAACAAAAAUAGUGUGAUUAUCAAUGCUGAUUUCAGUUAGGCGCAAUCAAAACGUACAAGUACACAUAGCAGUGACAAUAAUAUUCUGCUAUUCCGAUCUGAAUUAAAAAUCAAAACAUCAUUGAUGAAUUUAAGGGUUUUCUUUCAAAAUUUCACAUAUAUUUCGGAUUUAUGAGGAGAAAGUAUUUUUAGUGUAGAUUUGGAAUGUUAUUUAAAUAAUUGUGCUACUGGCAUUAUCUUUUCUGAUAACCAUUUCUGAAGGCCUAUAUUUACUGUUUAGAAUUUCCAAUAUUUUUCAUUAAUUACCUACCAAUUCUCAGUACUUUAACCUAAAUUCUUGCUAAUUCACGAAAUAACCCAUUAUUUCAUCAAAUUUGUUUCUAAAAUUUAUUGUAAUAAUUCAUAUUAUAGCGUAACGAUAAUCAACUUAAAUUUUAAAUUUUCAUGUCUCCCAUUUACAGAAGCGUCAGAGUAGACAGACUCCCUUCCGCAGUGCCGCGCAUGCGCAGAAGUGCCAGCUUGAUUCUGCAGAAGUGCCAGAUUGGUUGCGCAGAGGUGCCAGAUUGAUUCGGCAGAAAUGAAGUCGCUACUGGCCUUGUGUGCUUUGCAGGUGACCCAGCACCAGGCAUCGGCUUGCCGGGCUCUGGCCUCCCUGCCUCGGGAACUGUACCCAGCCUUAUUCCGGGCCGCCUUCAUGAACGGCAGAACCGCUGUGCUGCAGGCGCUAGUGCAGACGUGGCCCUUCCCGUGUCUCAGCUUCCGGCAGCUGCUCCCCCAGCCCAAUCAGAUGGGCUGGCCCGAGAAACCCAGCAAGGAGAGCGUACAAGCCGUGAUCUUGGCGCUUCUCGCGUCGCCGCGGAGAAAGCCUUAUCUUCGAGUGUUGGAUAUAACUGGUUUCCUGGACGCCAGCUGCGGACAGGACCCCACGACCAUGAGUAUGUGGGCUCGCUCUGUGGUGGUGGCAAGGACUUGCCUCAGUGCCCAGACUCAGGCCAAGGCAGCUCUACGUUUAGCCAAACGCCGCAAGCUGGAGCGUCCUAUCCCAGUGCCUACUCCUGUGGAAGUGCACACUGAUCUGCUAGUGAACCGAACUUCCUACAACGUCCUGAAGGAGGCUCUCGUGACGAGCAUUCGUGGCCCCCUUCGCCUUCGCUGCAGGGACCUUUGGGCUGAGGAGCUGUCAGGUCCUAGCACCGUAUCUCUCUUGGAGCUGCUGGAUCCAUCGUACCUGCGCCAGAUAGACCUACGCUUCAACAACUUGGGACUCUCGGGUCUGUGUAUGGUCGUACCCCAUAUGGUCAAAUUCACUCACCUGUUGAGCCUGAAGCUACAAUACAGUAAUAUGGACGUGCGGAGGCUCUCCACUGAAGCCGAGAGCAGCUUCCAACGCUUUGUUUCUGCGAUUGGACAGCUGAAUUGCCUCAAGGAACUCAACAUGGGCUCCUCGCGCCUCUCUGGCCGCCUUCAUCAGCUGCUCGGCAGUCUACAGGGCCCUCUGGAAAGCCUGGAACUUCCCUUCUGUGCCCUUCUUUCUGGGGAUUUGAGUUAUUUGGCACAAAGCCCCCAUGCUACCCAUCUCAAGAAGCUAGAUCUCAGUGGCAAUAAACUGUCUGGUGACCUCCUGGAUCCCUUUCAGAAGCUACUGAAGGAAGCCUCAGCUUCCCUGCUUUGUCUGGAUAUUACAGAGUGCCAGCUCAUGGACGUCCAUCUCGCCAGUACCUUGCCCACCCUAUGCUCCUGUAUCCAUCUCCGUUAUCUUGGUCUCUAUGGCAACCCUAUUGCUAGCGCUGGACUGAAAACCUUGCUGCAACACUUACAGGCCUUGCCUGAGCUUCAGCUGGUGGUACACCCAGUCCCUGUGGAUUGUUAUAAUAACCUGCCCUGGCCACCAUCUUCAGCCAGUCUCCUAGAGGGUUCUGUGGAUGAAGAGAAGCUUGCCAGCGUGCAGGCCGAAUUGCAGCAGCUGAUAGAGGACAUAGAUCGCCGUGACGUGCUGUGGACCAUGGACAUCUACGGCCACAACAGCUUUGACUACUUCAGCCUGUAGAAUAGGCAUAUAUAUUUUGAAGGGGGGAAGAUUACGGGAAGAGAGAGUCAGUAUUCCUCUGCUUUGCUAUUGAUGCAAGAUCAUCCCAAGGCGGUGAGUCUCUCUUGCUCUGAAUUUUACCAGAACCAGAAUGGGCUGUCUACUUAGAAUGUGCUCCUAGACGGGUUGUGUGUAGAUGGGUUGUGUGUUGAGGGUUAUAGAUUUUUCUCUGUCCCUGUUCAUGAUGGAUAUCACAGAGUUGCUUUUCUAGGGCCUGAAGUUCAACUUUCAAGGUAGGGGGGCCCUUUUCCUGGGGUGGGUAUUUAUUUGUAAUUCUAGAACCCAUGAGUCAUUGUAUAAAACCUGAAUUUUUUUGGUCCCUCCCUAAGUGUUCUUCCCGACCCCAUCAGUCUACCCCAUCACCUGUCACAGACGAUCACAGCAAGAAGAAUAAAGGGAAUACCAAUAUAAAAAAUUUAAAAAAUAAAGAAGGGACAGACUGACAGUUGCUUAUCAAAGUGUAUGUGCUAUUUCAUUAUAUGGUAUAGAGUGGUAUUUUCUAUUACAUAAAUCUUUAUAUAAGAAGACUAGUUAGUUACUGUGGAAUAGUUUGAUUUUUCCCUUUUUUGUUUUUAUGUCUGAUUUAAAUUGUUGUCAACAAUAGAGGGAGAGGAAAAACAAGGUGCAUAUCAAGUUGUGAUAGCAAAAUGUCAACAAUUGAAAUGUAAGUUUCAUUAAUUGUGUUGUCUCAAAUUACAAUUUUGAUUUUAUUUUGUAUAUUUAAUACAAAGUGGUAUCGAAAUGUAAGUUCAAUUAAAUUGUGUUGUCUCAAAUUACAAUUUUGAUGUAUUUUGUAUAUUUAAUACAAGGUGGUAUUGAAAUGUAAGUUUCAAUAAAUUGUGUUGUCUCAAUUACAGUUUUGAUGUAU